AUGUUCGAGCCCAUUCAGUCGUUUCGAGUGCGAGAACUGUCAAAUCUGGCACUGACAGCAUUACAACCCCGAGGAUUACUAGCACAAGCAGCGCCCGACGCACAAUAUCCCAUCUGGGAGGCCGUCACGAACACAACAAUGGACGCCCUCAAAGCCCACGACUCACAUCCCAACUUCGGCCACCUAGCAGGUCUGGUGUCUGAGGCCGUACUCGAAGUCGUUUUUGUGGCGCUGCCGGGUUUCCUUGUCGCUGUCACGGGCAUGUUCGACGCGAACAGCCAGAAGUUUGUGGCAGAGCUCAACACGAUGGUCUUUACACCCUGCCUGAUCUUCAGCAAGCUGGCCGGGCAACUCAACGCCGACAAACUGGCCGAUCUUGGCGUGAUCCCAUUCAUCUUCAUCAUCCAGACCAUUGUUUCAUGGCUAUGUGCGCAAGCAAUGGCACGAGUGUUCGGCUUUGCGAAGAAAGAGAAGAAGAUGCAGAAGAACUUUAUCCUGGCGAUGGGUGUCUUCGGAAACUCCAACUCGCUGCCCAUCUCACUUGUUCUCAGUCUGAGCAAAACUAUCAGUGGCUUGCAUUGGGACCGAGUGCCUGGCGACAACGACGACGAAGUGGCUGCGAGAGGUAUCUUAUAUCUGCUCGUGUUUCAACAGCUAGGACAAGUCUUGCGAUGGACAUGGGGAUACAACGUGCUUCUCAAACCUGCGUCGGAGUACGAGGAGGAAGAGCGAGUGGAGGCAGCUGAGGAACACCGGUCAAUCGAGGAGGGUCCGUAUAGCGACGAACCACUACUCGACAGCCACGGCAAACCAGCAAAGGGCGGGAAUGAUUCCGGAUUCAGCUCUGGCUCACAUACCCCCAAUGGCGUACAUCGGUCUCCAGAACUCAUCCCAGCAGCACCCACCAAUGGCAACGACAUCAGCACUGAACCACGCAACUUGGUCGGUCGACAGGAGUCGACAGGUCACAUCACGGCUUUUCCUGACUUUAAUCGAACUCUGUUAAGCCGCUCAAACGUGUCGGAUGCGAGCAAGUCGGGCUGGAAGGCGCCUCUCUAUCGAGUGAAAAACUCAGCCGCCCGCGCAGGACGACGAACCUACGGCACUCUCAGCACAUUCUUCAACAACCUGUACAGAAGCCUGCCCGCACCGGUGCAAAAGGUGCUAAGCUUCCUAGGCUACUACAACAGCAAGUUCUGGGCUGGAGUAUGGCAGCAGAUGAACCCGCCGCUUUGGGCUAUGCUUGCAGCACUGAUCGUGGCAAGCAUUCCCAGCCUACAAAAAGCAUUCUUCACCAAAGGCACACUGAUCAACAACUCCGUCACACGUGCCAUCUCGCAAAGUGGUGGUGUCGCCGUGCCGCUUAUUCUGGUUGUCCUUGGUGCAAACCUCGCGCGAUCCACGAUUCCCAAGGACCAGCUCGCUGUCUCGCCCGCGCAGAAGAAGGAAGAGCGCAAGCUUCUCUAUGCAUCAUUGCUCAGCCGAAUGCUCCUCCCUGUCAUCAUCAUGGCACCUGUUUUGGCAUUGACGGCCAAGUACGUGCCAGUCUCAAUCAUGGACGACCCGAUCUUCAUCAUUGUGUGCUUCCUGCUUACUGGCGCACCCUCCGCACUGCAGCUGGCACAAAUCUGCCAAAUCAACAAUGUCUUCAUGGGUGCCAUGUCGAGCUUGUUGGUUGCCAGCUACGUUAUCGUCCUCUUCCCCAGCACACUGCUACUGGUCCUCAUGGCGCUGGAAGUGCUGGAGUGGGCAGUACUAUAA